AUGCUUGUGCCAUCUGAUCAACACCAUGCUGCUUCCGUGAGCCAACUGCCUGCCCUCGUGCUAAGUUGGAAAAAACGCUACUUUGAGAUUGCGCAGUCAAGCACACCACUGCCACGGGUUCCGGGUGUUCCGAGUGUUCUGAGUGUUCCGAGUGUUCCUGGUGUUCCGGGUGGUGCUGCUGCUGCUGCCACGGACCGCAUGCCACAGGAUGCCACUGCAGCAGCAGGAGGUACUCCCGUCGCAGCAACUAGACCUUUGAAGACCGUACCUGCAGGGCAUGGGGGGCAUGUGGAGGACGGGGAGGGAGCAGGGGGGGAUGGCAGAGGAGGCGUGGUGGCGGGUUGGUCAGGCAGCGUGGGGGAUUUCAUCUGCACCAUGCCGCGCCUGCAGCACCUCAUGGUGAGCGAGCCCUUUGGCAUUUCCACCGCCCUCUGGGUCCCAGAGUCCCUCCAGCCCCACCUCGCUGCUAGUCUCCCUGCAUCCAUCUCGCUGCACGCUUUCAGCACCACCAACUCGCCCCAUCUUCUUUAG